AUGCCCGAUGAUGAUAUAAAUUUUAAGGUUCGAAAAUCAAAAAAAUCACGGGAUGAGCAGACUAAAGCUAGCAAGCCACAUCGAAGAAGCGAUUCGACAAAACCACACAAGAGAAAAUCGAGGAGAAAAUCCUCACGGAAUGGUGAACUCGAAAAUUUUCAGCUUUAUCAGAAUGAAUUCGUG